AUGCCGGUGGAGCCGCGGAGCAGCUCGCAUCCCUGCUCCUACAGACGGCGCCUGCCGGCAGCCGAGCAUCCCUCCCCUCCGAGCACCCACACCGCCUCCGCCAUGCGCAGGGGCGGUUCCCUUUGUCCCAGGCUCCGGAGGUUCCCUCCCGCCCUGCCCGCUCGGAGCGGGGGGACCGCGGGCUCGCACCCACCCCGGGCGGGCGGGGCGGGACCCCCGGCAGCGCCGCGUCCUCCCGCGCCACCUGCUGGAGGCCGGCGGCGCUGCAGCGCUGCUCCCGGCAGGGCGGGGCCGCCGCCCCCGGCCCAGCCCCUCGGCCCAGCCCCCGGCCCAGUCCCCCCUACCCAUCCCCCUGCCCGGCCCCUCAGCCCAGCCCCCGGCCCAGUCCCCCGGCCCAGCCCCUCGGCCCGGCCCCUCAGCCCGGCCCCCGGCCCAGUCCCCUGGCCCAGACCCGGCCCCUCAGCCCGGCCCCCUGCCCGGCCCAGUCCCCCGGCCCGGCCCCUCGGCCCGGCCCCCUGCCCAGCCCCUCGGUCCAGCCCCCGGACCAGCCACAUUGGAAAGAUCAUAUGA